GGUGGUCUAUACUAUCCUGUGCUGAUGGGCAGAAGAGACAGUGACCGAUCAUACUUUCAAAGAGCUAUGACUGAAAUCUCAAAGCCAGACAGCAAUAUCAAUAAAACGCUUUAUUUGUUUGGGCUUAGAGGAUUCGGUGAAAGGGAAACUGUUGCACUUCUAGGUAUCCACUAAAAUUUAUUGUUUUCACAUUCUCAAAAUUGUACUCUCUCGAGUAAAAUGAUUUGAAUUUGUUCUUUUGUUUGCUGAAGGAUCUCAUAAUAUAGGCAAAAUUGGCUGUGACCAAGACUAAACAACUUCUUGGGGACUGGACAGCCAGAUCCCCAUUGCUGCUGAUUUUAUUGAUGAUAUGAUAACGAACUUUGGAGCUUCACCCAUUGGAUCAAGGGCUAUGAAUGAGUGUACUGUGGGGAUGGGUUCCUACCUGGAAUUGUUAUCUGUUAUCUCUUCUGGACCAGGCUUUGACUCUCAUUACUAUCAGAGUUUGCUGAGAGGGAGAGGGCUCCUCCUAUUUGCAGACCAGCAGCUUAUGGCAAACGAGAAGACAGCCGAAGCUGUAAGAGACUACGCUGCGGAUGCAGCAUUUUUCAGAAUGGAUUUUGCCAGGGCUAUGGUGAAGUUGUCAAGCCUUGGAGUGCUUACUGGAUCUCAAGGACAGGUCCGUCUCAACUGCUUCUUGCCUGUAGUUUCUAGUAAGCAGAACUUGCAAAGUAAACACUAA